AUGUAUUCUCAAGGGUUAUUUCCCAAUAUAAAUAUUUUGAGAGUGGUUAAAAACCACAUCACCGAAAAAAUUGUUAACGGUAGUGUUGUACUUUCGCAUGAUGAACGAAGAUUGUACGAUCAGCUUAUGGUCUCGUUUAUGAAAGUGUGGCGUCGCGCCGCAGGCUGUUCGAAGGACCGUAUAACCGUGUCGUACACGUUUGUCGACCGAUCGCGUGUACUGCGAGGUGCGUUCUGUCGUCCGGCUCCGUACCACCCCGGUGCCGUCGAAGGGUGGGUGGUGGGGUUGUACCGCUCUUGUGCAGGGCUGUACUGCGCAUUCCGGCCCCCCUUGAACCUAUGGUCUCAAACCUGGGUGUCGUCGUCGUUGGGGAACGGGCAGAUGAUGGUGGCUGUCCGGACGGCCACCAUCAGGACAUCAUCGGGACCUGUCGUGCGGGCCACAAACCGAAUCUGCCCGUUCCCCAUCGACGACGACACCCAGCCUGCGGCGCGACGCCACAGAAAGGUAUACUUAAUUUUCUCUACUUUACUAGGUGAUCUGCGUUCUUCUAAUGAUAAGUCAUGUAAAACGUCUAAACCUUUUUGCAAUAAUGAUGACGAUGAUGACGACUUGUCUUUAAUACUGGAAGUGAUUGAGCAAGAUUUGAAUCAGAACAAAACCAAUGACAGUCAGGGAUGUUCGCGGCGUAAUACAGCGACUAGUGAUGGGUUUACAGCUCCAAAUCAAAUUGUUAAAAGGCAAUCCAAUACUGAUGAUGACGAAUUAAGCUUGUUGUUGGAAGUUAUAGAUGAAGAUUUAAAGACUACAAGCGUUACCCGUAAUAGAAAAAUUAUAAAUGAUACGAGCCUGGCAUGUUCCGUUAAAAAGCAAGUAGGAAAAGGUGUCCGGCAAAAUAGUGAAGUGGAAAAUUUUACCUACUUUAUUAAAAGAGGUGAGAGUGAAAACUUCAACAAGAAAUUUUCAUUGACCAGUCGAAGAAUGGAAUUUUCUUUUAAACCGUUGGGGCACCUCCAACAGCCGUUACAAUGGCUUAAGCAAGCAUUACGAGAACUGUUGGACCACAUAACGCGAGAAUGCGAAGCAGACGAUAUUGUGGGAUUUGUUAUUGAAAAUGACGAUUUUCCUGAUAAACCUAUUGGCAUUUCGUUGCGCAAACGGUUCCAACUGGAUGAAAAUGUGAUCCUUGCGGUUUUAGCGAAAGUAUUCCAGAGUAAUUCGUCUUUUUUUACCAAUGACCGUCUACGUGUAAAAGUAGAUAUACUGAAAUUACCGUCAGGUAAUGGUUACAGCGCCGUCGAUGGUAAGUGCGUAACGUUUAAUGAAUUUAGUAUUCGGAAACAUAGCGUGUACGUCAUUACGGAGGAUCAGUUUUGUCUAGCUGCGGCAUUAAUUGUAGCUAUUGAAUUUAUCGCGGUUAAGUUCAACCGCAAGGCCUUACAUAAAAAAUUUGCGGGACAUGGUGCGUUGCGACAUCAAUCUGUAGAGCUGUGCCGCAAAGCCGGUGUUGAUUUAAGUCAGGGUGGAAAUUACGAGCACAUUCAAUUGUUUCAAAAUUAUUUGACGGAGUAUACGAUUGUAGUGUACGCAAAUCGAACUGGUGACACAAGGUAUUUUGUCGGGGAUAUGUCUUCAGGGAAACCACGCCUAAAUUUAUUUAUGGAGGGACGGCAUUAUAACGUUAUACUAAGUCUAACCGGUGCUUUUUCAGCUAGUUAUUUUUGCGAAUUUUGCGCCAAAAGAUAUCAAAAUGGCAAUCGGCAUCAGAAAUGUUCCUAUGUGUGUCCGUGUUGUCAUGCGAAGCCUCCAUGCGAAAUUGCAAAUAACACAAUUACGUGUGCAGCAUGUAACCGAACUUUUAGGGGACAAAUAUGUUUUGCUAAGCACAUCUCUUUAAAAACUUGCAACAAAUUUCAAAGGUGCAAUGAAUGCCACAUGAGUGUAUGGGUAACGAAGAAAAAAAAGCAUGUUUGUGGUAUCAAAUAUUGCAUCACGUGCCAGAGUGACAAACCCCGCAAUCAUUUAUGCUUUAUUCAGCCAAAUAAAUCACCUGUAUCUAAGAGUAGUGACAAUAACAAAUUUUUAAUAGUAUUCUUUGAUCUGGAAACAAGACAAGAGAAGGCUUUAGGAAAUAAUUUAUUUCUUCACGAGGUAAAUUUGUGUAUUUCCCAGCACGUUUGUGAGUCUUGUAUCUCUGACACUAUUAUUUCUACGAACUGUGAAUUUUGCGGUGAGCGUGAAACAAUUUUUUAUACUAAAAAUCCAGUGAAAGAUUUUUUAAAUUAUUUAGCUGACAUGAGUAAAAAUUUUAAAGUCACCGUAAUUGCUCACAAUUCGCAGAAAUUCGAUGGAUGUUUCUUACUACGUGAGUUGUACUCUGAAUUUUCACGUUGGAAUCCGCAAAUCAUUAGAUCGGGUACAAAAAUUAUGUCUAUACAGUGUGGAUCAUCGUUACGCUUUAUCGAUAGUCUAAACUUUAUUCAGUUGCCCCUUUCACAGUUUCCGAAAGCUUUUAAUAUUCAGUCAAUCAAAGGAUACUUUCCGCAUUAUUUUAACACUUUGGAAAAUCAAGAAUAUGUAGGCCCUAUGCCUGCAAUAGAAUUUUAUGAUCCGAAUUCUAUGAAGGAAGCCGGAAAAGUUGCUUUUCAAAAUUUCUAUGAAGAACAAGUCGCGAACGGUUAUAUUUUUCGUAUGAAAGAUGAGUUGAUUAAAUAUUGCAAAGCGGACGUGAAAAUCUUGAGAGAGGGCUGUCUAAAGUUUAGGGAGUAUUUCGUUACAGCAAAUAACGUCGAUCCACUCUUGGAAUGCAUAACAAUUGCAUCCGCCUGCAAUUUAGAGUAUAGACGAAAUUUUUUAAAACCGGAGUCGAUACGCAUAAUACCUCGCGGCGGUUACAGGAUGAAUGACAAACAAUCCACUAUCGCUAUAAAAUGGUUACUCUGGGAAGCCAACAGUAAUAAUUUAGAUAUAAUGCACGCAGGUGUAGGUCGCGAGGUGGUUCUUAAGGAAAAUCUGCGUGUGGAUGGGUUUUGCUCUGAUAAUCAAACAGUAUAUGAGUUUUAUGGAUGUUUCUGGCAUGGAUGUGAAAGAUGUUUUGCAAAUCAAACAGCGCGCUUGAGUGACAAAAAUGAUACCCUAUUUUUUAGACGCGAAAAUACAGCGUCAAAAGAAGUACGCAUCAGAAAUGCCGGUUAUAAUUUAGUUACAAUGUGGGAGUGCGAUUUCCGUAAAAGUUUAGAACAAAAUGCUGAAAUGCGUGAAUUUGUAGGACAUAAUAAUGUUACAAAAAAGACACCUUUAAUUGCAAGAGACAGUUUUUUCGGAGGUCGUACUAACGCGUCGAAGCUAUACUAUAAAUGUGGUGUAGGGGAGAAAAUUAAAUACUUUGACGUAUGUUCGUUGUACCCGUUUGUUAAUAAAUACGGAAAGUAUCCUAUUGGUCAUCCGACGAAAAUUCACGUAAAACCUGAGGAAUGCGCUCUGAUUGAUUUGCAAACAUUUGAAGGUUUAAUUAAAUGCACGGUAGAACCACCUAACGACUUAUACCAUCCCGUUCUGCCGUACAGGUGUAAUGGAAAAUUAAUGUUUCCGUUGUGUCGCUCAUGUGUAGAAACAGAAAACCAGGACAAUUGCUAUCACCAAUCUAAAGAGCGACAGUUUACGGGAACUUUUGUGGCUGACGAGUUAAGGAAAGCCAUUGAAAAAAAUUAUAAAGUUAUUGAUAUCUCUGAGGCAUGGGAGUACAAAACUGUGCAAUAUGAUCGUUACACCAAAACAGGUGGAUUGUUUUCAGAGUAUAUCAAUAGCUUUCUAAAAAUUAAGCAGGAGUGUAGUGGCUGGCCUAGCUGGUGUGUCACAGAUAUCGAUAAAGAACGAUACAUAAACCUGUAUAAAGAACGGGAGGGUAUUGAUUUAGAUCAAAACAAGAUUAAUAAAAAUGCUGGUCUUCGCUUUGUAUCAAAGAUUAUGCUCAAUUCCUUCUGGGGCAAGUUUGGCCAGCGGGAAAACAUGCAACAAACUCAAUUAAUUCAUCAACCUAGUGACUUAUUUGCGUUGGUAACAAAUCCUUCAAUUGUUGUUAACACUAUGACAAUUUUAACCGACGACGUUUUGUUGACGAGUUGGGAAAGAGUUGAAGAAGACAUUGCCCAGUUAAAAUCUGUGAAUGUUGCUAUAGCGGCGUACACUACGUCGAAUGCGCGCUUAGAACUGUACAAAUACUUGGAACAAUUGAAUGAGCGCGUAUUGUACUAUGAUACCGAUAGUGUUUUCUUUGUUAGCGAGUAUGAAGGUCAGGCAGAACCACCCACAGGCGAUUUUCUUGGGGAUUUAACUGAUGAAAUGGCUGAGUACGGAAAAGAUUCCUACAUCACAGAAUUUGUCAGUGGAGGCCCUAAGAAUUACGCCUACAAAUUUUGGAAUGCUAACGAAAAAAAAUACGAUACUGUGUGUAAGGUAAAAGGUCUGACAUUACACUACGCAAACUCGCAAAAAGUGAAUUUUGAUGUUUUGAAAACAAUGGUCUUGGAAAACCCCGACUUUGAGGUGCAGCUCGAGGAUCGUUCGAUAAUACGUAACGCUCAAUAUGAUGUGCUUACAAAAAACACAACCAAAAAAUACGCUAUGAGUUAUACUAAAAGGCGCAGACUUGAAGGUACUUUUGAAACUGUUCCUUAUGGGUACAACGACGACAUCUAAGUAAGCUUUAUUUUAUGUGAUGAUUUAUA